AUGACUAAAUUAUGCUUACUGGAAAUUGGCAACACCGAUAUUGAUAGCGGUUUGGAGUAUUUACCUAUUAGUCUUAGGGAAUUCGAUUGUAUGUCCGCGGAAAGAAAAGAAGCGAAAGUUAAUCUAAUUGCAGAAGAAUUGAGAAAACUAGGUGAAAUUGGAGAAAAUGAAAAAGAAAAAAAGGUUGGGGAAAUUACUGAGAAGCAGCGAGAUAAUUUAAAAGAACAGGUUCGACAAUUACAGAAAAAGUUAGAAGAUUUGCAAAUUAAAGAAAAUCGAAUUGAGAUUCUUCCUGAAAAUAGUUAA